AUUAAAAACAGAGACCGCUCUCUCAGAUUGUUGUGAUGGGCGAUAUGGAGCAUCAAGAACCAACAAUAGAUAUCAACGGCUUGAGAUUCACGUACCCAGGAAUAGACGGUCACCCACCGCCUGGGUCCAAACCGUUGAUCGAUGAGUUCUUUCUCACCCUCAAUUCUGGUGAUCGAUGCCUUCUUGUUGGAUCCAACGGCGCUGGGAAAACUACAAUUCUGAAGAUAUUAGGAGGAAAACACAUGGUGGAACCCCAAAUGGUUCGUGUUCUAGGAAGGUCUGCUUUUCACGACACUGCUGCUUUAACUUCUUCUGGACAUCUUUCUUAUCUUGGAGGAGAGUGGAGGCGAGAAGUUGCUUUUGCUGGUUUUGAGGUUCCGAUACAAAUGGAUAUUUCUGCGGAGAAGAUGAUAUUUGGGGUGGCAGGUAUUGAUCCUCAAAGAAGAGCUGAGCUAAUCAAGGUAUUGGACAUUGAUCUGUCAUGGAGGAUGCACAAGGUUUCUGAUGGCCAGAGAAGGCGGGUGCAAAUUUGCAUGGGUCUCCUGAGGCCAUUCAAGGUUCUUCUUCUUGAUGAGAUAAUGGUUGACCUCGAUGUGCUAGCAAGGGCUGACCUUCUGAAGUUUCUAAGAAAGGAAUGUGAAGAGCGAAGUGCUACAAUUAUCUAUGCAACACAUAUAUUUGAUGGUUUGGAGGAGUGGCCAACGCAUAUUUUGUAUGUUGCUCAUGGGAAGUUGCAAUUCGCAAUGCCAAUGGCCAAAAUAAAAGAGACUAGUAAUUUGUCACUAAUGAGAACAGUGGAGAGCUGGCUGAGGAAGGAAAGAGAUGAGGAGAGGAAAAGAAGACAAGAGAGAAAGGCAGGAGGUCUUCCAGAAUAUGAAAAGCAGGUUGAGGGAAGUCGAGUGACCGGUGAUCCAGCUCGUGUUGGUGCUCGUGUUAUGAACAAUGGUUGGGCUGCAGGAAGGCUGCACUCCACCAUUGCGGGUGAAGAGAACUUCUUCUUGAGCUCAAACAGAGUUUUGAGAUAGUAGAUAAAUUCAAUUGAAAAAAUGAGAGAUCUGCUUGCUAUCAACAUUUAUACAGCUGGGAAUUAGUAUUCAUACAUACACGUUUUGCUCUUUUUUACUUUCAAGUCUUUGUUGAGUGAGCAUAAAAAACGAUGUUCAAAAUAAUAGAUAGCAUCAUCUUAUU